UACCUGCGUUACCUACCUAUCUACCUAUGCCACCUUGUUGGAACUCAAAGCUCCUCGACCAUCAACCUGUAACCCCCCGUUGCUUUCCUACCCCUUUGCGCCGGGCUAAACAGACAGGUCGUGCAUCCUUCAAACGUUCAGACAUUGUUUUGUAAGAGAUGCUAAUAUAAUAAUAACUGCCAUCUUUGGCCAUCAACCGAGAGCCAUCAUCCCUGCUCUGCUGCUCCAUUUAUGGCAUAAAUCCGCCAGUACGCGACUCGACUAUCUGGCAUAGCACCGCCAGGGAUCUGUUUCCUCUGGCAUCGGGUUUCAAGACCGCUUCUAAUACUUCAUGCCGGCUUGACUUGAGUGCAACGGAUAGCAUCGUCGAGACCAUGUUGCCCACCGGCCCCUCCAAGUCCCCAGCUGCCCGUCCGAGUACGAUACGGACGCCGUCCUUCACUCGCCAGAGCGAAGAUAGCGACCCUCUCCGAGUGCCGAAACGAGCUCAAACAUUCCAGAAUGGCACGGCAACCGACCCCUUGGCCACGUCGACCAUCUCCAGCAUAUCGACACAACCAGACAGCUCCGAGGCUCCGGAUGCAUUCGAGACGGCCGCGCGGCCCUCGACAGACAACGACGACGGAUUCGAUGGCAGAGGUUCCGUGGACCUCGGCGAACUCCCCAUCGAGCUCGUCAGUCUAACAGACAGCUUCGUCGAGUCCCUUACCACCAAAACCUACCCGACGCCCUUGACCCUAGACAAGGUCUCCGAACUGUUCCAAGAUUUCUAUCAGGUCGCAUCGACACACGUCAACACACACAUCUCUAGCUUGAUCUCUCGGCAUAACCGGGAUGCGUCGCCUGCGCCGUCCGCGUCAUCCAGGGUCUCCACAGCCAGCAGGCUUCGGGCCAAGGCGGCUUCUCUCGGAAGCAAGGAUAAACCCAAAGUCCUCCCCGAGCCGGAACAGCAGAUGAUCACCGCUGAGGAACUAGCCAACAGAAAGAAGGCGCGGAGGGCCAUUGAGGCCAAGCGGGGCAUUAUCGAGGAGGCUGUUGAGAGAAGACUGUGCGAGGGCAUCUACCACAAGAUCUACCGCCACAAGAGCACGCAAGACGAAGCACAAGACUCCAAGCUGAGGUCCAAGACCGCAGCACUUGCACUCGUCGGGAUCGGCCCAGCCGACCUGGGCAUCGACCUCGGCGAUGAUGCGUCGCAGACCCCCGAGGCGGCUGCUGAGAAGGCAGAAGAGAUCAAGAAGUCGCUCGAGCAAGCAAGGAGGGACUUGAUCCUCAUGAACGAGAAGCGUUAUCCGCUCGGAAAGGUGCACCAUUUAAAGGCGGCUCACAAGAGCAUCGUGGAGACUCUGGCUCAAUUUCACCCAUCGGCGUCUGCGGAUGAGAUCAUGCCUAUGCUCAUCUUCACGCUCAUCACACUCCCUCCCGAGCAUCUCAACGUCAUCAGCGACCUACACUUCAUUCAGUACUUUAGAUGGGAGCCGAAGCUAACGGGCGAAGCUGCCUACUGCUUGACAAAUCUCGAGGCGGCCAUCAGCUUCUUGGAGACGGUGGAUUUGUCCACGCUAAGGGCCGACGAGCUGCCACAGGGCCCCGCCAGAAGUCUGAGCCAACCGGGCACCCCACGGGCUGACACAUUCCCUCCGGCCUUCCCGCCCGGGUUGACGGUAACAGCGGAUCCCACGGUGGAUACCAACUCUGGCAACGCCAUCCCCACGAGACCUUCGCCGUCGUCUGCGGCGUCGUCUGGGCUCCGUGCAGCAGUUCAGGCUCGGAACAGGAGGCUGAGCGAGCUGGUCAACACGCCGGCCCAGGCCAUCGGUGCCGCCAGCGACGCCGUGCUCAACACGGCUGACCAGCAUCUGAAGACCAUCUCGACGAGCUUGGGUGACAGUUACAAGUUUCUAGUCGGCAAAUUGCGCGAGACCCAAGGGACGCCGACUGAAUCUGGCCAGGGCCUUGUCGUACCCAAGACGCUCGACGAUGCCAGGAAGCUGAUGAGUACGCCUCCGCCCGAUGAAGAAGGGUCUAUCAGCGGUGCCAGUUCUGUCCACGGCACAGAGGAGGCCGAAUCCACUCGCCGUCCUCCUGUUCGCGAAGAUAAGGUCUUGAACCUCAUCGGUGGGCGAAAAGCGAGCCGAGACCACAGCGCCGACAGCUCUCGGAGCGUGAGCAGUUCGAAGAAGGUACUAUUUGCAAAAGAAGGGGAGAAGGACCUAGCGGCGCCAUCUUCUGCGGCCGUUACUAACCCUCUCGACUCUGUGCGAAACUUUGGCAGCUCGUUCUCCAGGUUUUCUGGCAUGAGCAUGAUUCGUGGCCUUAGCAGGACUGCGUCUACGCCCGUGACUACAAAAGAAACACCCAAGGACGUACCGAGAGACGGGCCAUCAAAAAGCACGGCAGCCAAGGUGGCCGAAGGCGGCGACCUAGCAAGUGCUUUCCCGGACAUAGCGGCUGCCCUGCCGCCUAAGCAGGCACCCAAGGUCAACCCGCCAAACAAGCGGUUCAUGGAGUUACAGAACCCCGGCGACCUCAAGUUGGGCGAGGUUCUGGACCUUUUGCGCGACUAUAGGCGGCUGGCCAACGCGCUGAAGGAAAUGGGGGCCUUUGAGGGGUCGAAAUGAGGACGGGGGGAGGAAGUCGGAUAGAGAGAAUCGGUCAGGGAAGACGGCCUGGACAGACAAGACUUAUUGCACUCGUGAGACUCUUGAGGGAUACGGACAAGCAUACUGGACACUGGCGUUUUGUUAUUCGUGCUGCUCUUGAUUCAACCAUCUGUCUGCCCACAAUAGGCUGAGGCACCCAGCGUAAACUCGGAUCCGAGGGGGCGACGAAAACACCAAGAGGUACACUACACAAAUGUAAGGGAAUUUCCGUGUUGGAUUAUUAGAUAAAGGUUUUCUACAGAAGCAGUCGCAAAGGACCGUUAUAUCCAGCUAAUACAAUCUCACCCUUCACACCAAGGGGGGUUGGCGGGUUUGCUAUUC